AUGGCAAGGUUGAUUGCACUAACUUUCUUUGCAAUAUCGGUAGCCAUUGUUUCAACUUCAAGGCCAGAAGUUGCAGCUGCUGCCCCAUCUUGCUCAGUUGUCGGUACCAUGCUGGAGCCCUGCGAGCCAUAUGUAAUAGACCAAGGCAGUCAACCGAGCAGCGCUUGCUGCAAUGGUGUAAAAGAGGUAUCUGAUUCGGUAGAGUCCAAAGCAGACCUUGAAGCCGUCUGCAACUGCAUCAAAAACGCAUUGCCUUUGAUAGAAAAUGCUUCGCCUGCUCGCAUUUCUGGACUUCCCAAAGCUUGUGGAGUGAACAGUAACUUUCCCCCUUUUGAUCCCAACUACGAUUGCUCCAAGAUUUCUGAUUGA